GUGAAUCCGUUAGACAAAAAUCUUGUUAAAUAUAGACACGCCACCUCCUAUUUAUAUAGAAGUACAUCCCAUAUUUAUAGUGCAUGGAUUGCAUUGCAUUGCAUUCAAUCACGCCAUUCUUCUAUCUUCUUCCCAUAAUUGACUUAUAUUAAAAAGGUCAAUCCUCUCUCCCUCCAUAUUCAAAAUCCACCUUCCAUGAAUAAAAAUCAAUCAAAAUAAAUGCUCAUUGAACAACUUCACAGUCCUAUGGCGUCCCAUCCACUGAUCUCCACCAUUGUUACUCUCUACACUAUCAUAUUCCUCUACUUCCCAGCUAUGGCUGCUUCUCCAUUAAUCAUUUCCACUUCUGUUUUAUUACUUUUGCUUCUUAGACUAGGGGUAGCUCAGAGAAUUUCGAAAGACCAAACAGAGAAAAGACGCGAAUUUGACAUCUCUGAUUGCACCAAUUUUGAAAAUGAUUCAGUGGUUGAACUGGAUCUGGAUUCCGACCCGUUACUGUUUCAGGAUGAUGAUUCCAAUGUGGAAUCUAAUUGUGAAAAGGAUUCGGUGGUUGAACCGGAUCCGGAUCUGGACCCGAUACAGUUUCAUGACGCUGGCUUCGUUGAUGAUUCCAAUUGUGAGAAGGAGCCGAAGUCGAGACAGUUUUAUGGGGACUGUUUUGUGGAGUGGAAUGUGAGGGCGCCAUUGGAGGUGAUAUACGAAGCGUACGAAGGAGAGGAAGAAGAAGAUGAUGAAGGGGAAUAUGCAGAGGAGAAGAGAAAGGAAGCUUUUGGAGUCAUUGAGAGGUACGCGUCAUUGUCUAUGUACUAUCCGGAAACGGAUACGGAUGCGGAUACGGAUAGCUCGUAUGAUGGGGAUUCACCGGUCAUCGGAAACUGGGAUUCGUCGGAGAAUGUGUGUUUCCGGUGGGACGACGACGAAGAUGGAGAGGAGUUAAUAGAGAUUGAACUGGAUUGCAAGAGAAAUAGUGAAGCCGAAGAAGAGAAUUUGAUCGAGAUUGAUCUGACUCUGGCGAAGUUCCGGGCGAGAUGAUUUGUCGACGGGAAAAUGGUGUUGGGUUUUACGAUGGGGGUUAUAACUGUAAUUAACUAAUUUUAACUAUAUAAAAGACGCUUUUUUGGGGGGUUUGUUUUUCUUCGAGGGGGUGUUUCCGCUUUUGGGAAUAGCCUAAAAAGAGAUUAGUGUGUGGUUUUGUGUCAUUAAAGUGUGUAUUAAGUCCUUAACCCAAUGAUUUAUUGAUGUAUUAAAUGACCAAAAAAAUUCUUAGA